CCGUCAUUAUGCCCGCGCCGACGCUUCCUCGCUCUCCUCUGCAUCCCUUCAUCUUCGCCUUCGAGCAGAAGCCGCGCCGCCCGCCUGUAGUGCUGCUUCCUCACAGAUGAGCGGGAAGGGAGGUCAACGACCCAUCAUGCCGCGUCCCAGCUUCCCGCCGACGCCUGCCCCAUCGACCGAUAUCACGGGCAAGAGCAGCACGAAUGCUGGGCAGUUCGACGCCGCCUUUGCCCUGCCUCCGGCGGCAAUCAACGGCAGUAGUAGAGGCAGCACCGACGCUUCGAGUUCCUCUGCAGUAUCGAAUGCUUCCGACUCCUCCUAUCGACCGCUCUCCCCGUCCUCUCCCGUCGCAACCACAAAGACCGGUUCCGCCUCGCGCAAACGUUCAAGUACCGGCCAAAGCGUAGUCACCAGAGAUGACUACUCUCUUCCUCCGCCGCCGACGCGCUCGCGCAAGAUCAUCCAAAUGAAGCCCAAAGAAUCGCAAGAACCACCCAAAAGCGCUUCCCCCACUUCCAAUGCGAAAGCGGUCCCUGGGACCGCAGCAGGAGGAAAGCGGAAGCAGCCGGGAGGAACUUCAGCGGCGGGUCGGAAGAUUGCACGCAAGACGGCGCAUAGCUUGAUUGAGCGCAGGAGGAGGUCGAAGAUGAACGAGGAGUUCGGCGUGCUCAAGGAUAUGAUACCAGCAUGCGCGGGACAGGAAAUGCACAAGCUUGCAAUCCUGCAGGCCAGCAUCGAGUACAUGCGCUAUCUGCAGCAAUGCGUCGAUGACCUGAAGGCUGCGCAUCGUUCGCGACGAGCUUCUCCCACACCUACAUCAACGCCGAAGGACCCCGCGCCCCCUCCGACCCACAAGGAUGUGCCCGAAGAUGAGGACGACGAAGAGGAAGACGAGGAUGAGGAGAUGUCCGACGCAGUAUCCCCAAGGCAUGUAACCACCACAGAGCACGCACAGACCUACCACUUCACCAACGUAUCACCUGCAAUCUACCCUUCAGAUCGGAGCUACUCCACCACGACGUCUCCAAACAUCCACCCGGGCGACGCGCGCCACUACUCUACGACAAUGUCUCCGGCUCUCCAACCCUCCGAUCCGCACCACUACUCCCUAGCUUCCUCAAUACGGUCGACAGCCACGUCGCCAUCCGUGCAAGCAUCGCCCGCGUUUGGGAGCCAGACACCCUCGCAGUCUCAGUUCCAGAAUUCGUUCCCUACGGCGCCCUCGAGCAAGAGUUCCAUAUCCGGCCCGGCGGGAGGAAACUUCGCUCUGACCUCGCCAGCGCUGGGCCCGCAGGCAGACCGGGAGGAUCAUGAGGCUACGGAGGCACUGUUAAUGCUAAACACGGACCGCAGGAGCUGGAAUGGAGGCGGGAGGGGAAUGAGUGUUAAGGAUCUUCUUAGUGGGUAGGCGUCGGCUUGAGGUGAGGUGACGAACGCCUGAGGCGUGCAAUGAUCUAAAGCUGAGAUGCCUUUAUGGGACUACGGAUGGGGAGGUAUUUUGAGGUUAAUGGCGCUGGAGGCUAUUUGCUCUUCGGAGGUUUUAGUUGCCGUACUUUGCUGUCUGGCUCGGACACCGAAUAAAUGCGUACGUUCUGCGGGAGGAUGGAUAUCGCCAACGCAGUGAAUAUACUAGUGGAGUAUAAAGAGUUCAAUAGACGCUUUCCCGAUGCUUUUGAACAAUUGACCCACGAACCGCUACG